AGCUCCUGAAUUUGAACUAGAUCUGAAAGCGUCGGUCUGUAUUCCCUAAUCCACGCAAAAACUUGCCCAAAGCUGCGCUAACUACCCGGUCGGCGUUCAGGUCCUGGUGUCGUUAUCUUCCUCCUUGUCCCCUCCUCCAGGUAUGGGACGUGUCCACCGAAAACUGCGUCCACCUGCAGUGGUUUGGGGGCGGCGGCGUCACUUACUUGGCUUGGUCACCCGACGGCAGCAAGGUCCUGGCGGCCACUCCCUCGGCGGUGUUCAGAGUGUGGGAGGCUCAGAUGUGGACGUGCGAGCGGUGGCCCACUAUCAAAGGACGCUGCCAGACGGGGUGCUGGAGCCCUGACGGCAGCCGACUGCUCUUCACGGUGCUGGGGGAGUCCGUCAUCUACUCCUUGUCCUUCUCGGAGUACAGAGGUGAGAUGCAAGGGCAAGUAGGAGGCUCGAAAACGGCUUCUAUCGUGGCAGAUCUGUCCGAGACCACUUUCGAGACGCUCUACGGGGAGGAGAGGAUCGGAGGAGAAGUCCACUCCAUGGUGUGGGACCCCACCGGCGAAAGACUCGCGGCGAUCAUCAGAGGAGCAGCCCCUGGGAUAAUCGAGCCAUUCAGGCUCUCCUGGACGGGCCCCGCUCCGAGACAAAGCAGACCUUUGAGGGAGCACCGAAACACGGUGCUGGGGAUGCUGCUGCUUCGGGCUCCCUCCCUGCACGCCCCCGGCAGGGAAGGAGCUGAAGCUGCUGGGCCCAAACCUGGGGUUCUUUUCUGCCGUGCUUAA